GGUGAUUGGCCAGUUGACGUGAACAAUAUGAAUGGCAACUUUUAUUGUUUGACGCCUUCCCGAAGCGGCGAGUAACUUUCUGACUUCCAACUCAAGGAACGAAGCGCCCGCUGUGAGCCGUGACCGCGCUGGAGAUGGGGGACCAGGAAGCGCCUCAGUUUGGAUCCGUGGAGGAAGAGCUGGAGCACUGGAAGGAGGAGGCGGCCCGGCACCAGCAGAUUGCGGUGGAAGCACAGGAGGAGCUGCAGGAGUUCCAGCAGAUGAGUCGGGACUACGAGGUGGAGCUGGAGACGGAGCUGAAGCAGCUGGAGGCCAGGAACCGGGAACUUCUCUCAGCCAACAACCGUCUGCGCAUGGAGCUGGAGAACUACAAGGACAAGUACGAGACACAUCACUCUGAGGCGUGUCGACAAAUCUCCAACCUGGAGGGAGACCUGGCCGAAACCGCGGCCGUCAGAGAUCAGCUCCACAAGUACAUCAGGGAGCUGGAACAAGCCAACGACGACCUGGAGAGGACCAAGAGAGCGACCAUCAUGUCUCUGGAGGAUUUUGAGCAGCGGAUGAACCACGUCAUAGAGAGGAACGCCUUCCUGGAGAGCGAGCUGGACGAGAAGGAGAAUCUCUUGGAGUCGGUCCAGAGGCUGAAGGACGAAGCGAGAGACCUUCGGCAGGAACUUGCCGUGCAGCAGAAACAGCAGGUACAGGACAGGAAGCCUUCCAUCAGCAGCUCCGUCAAAGAGCCUUCAUCCUCUUCGUCGUCGACGGGGUUUCCGACCCCGCCCCUCACCCCCCCAGACAGUAGGAUGGAGGAUAAAACCUCGGCUCCGCCCAGACCUGUAGCCUCCUCUGAGGUCAUCAGCCCGCCGCCGCCCUCCGUCAGCAGAGCUGAAAACAUCUCUGCGAUUCCUCUCACCACGUCGGCGAGAAUCUCUGCUCUGAACAUCGUCAGUGAGCUGCUGAAGAAAGUCGGGAGCCUGGAGUCGAAGCUGGCGUCCUGUCGGAAUUAUGUCAACGAGCAGACGGCGAACCGCAGACGCCACAGUGGAGGAUCUGGAUCAGCGCCGGCUCAGACCAACCCAUCAGAGACCCAUCCCACCAACGGCCUCUACAACAACGGUCUUGUGAAGAGGCUGGACUUUGGUGCAGGAUCCAAGCUGCUGCUGUGAACCCAACCGGACCUCUCCGUCUCCUCUCAGCGGGUCAGGAUGGUCCAAACCUCACCUGGACUCGGUCGGUACCUGACGGACCGCCCUGACUCCGAGCAGCUGAGGCUAAACGGAUGGAGACGCUGGAGGUUUAGUUCGUCUUUUAUCAGGACUUCCUCUUCAGCAUUUGCACUUGUCUUGAACGUCUGUUCUGGACUUUUUGUUCCGACUCCCUGAGUCUGGAUUUGAAGACAUAUUUUUAUGAGAAGCUAAACUCCUCAGUUGAUUAAAACAGUGAAAGUUUACUGCUGAUGUUUGAAUUUUAGAAGGAGACGUUUUUCUGUUCACCUUACUUUGGUCCAUUCAAAGUAAGUGGAAGCAAGUCACAUCUUUCCGGUUUGCUAGCUAACACCUGCUGGUCUGUAGCUCGAGUUUUCUCAUUAUUCAUCCUGAGUUUAUGCUUUUUGACCUAGAUGUAUAAUUGUAGAUGGGAAUGCACACUUAGAGCACAGCAUCAACUGGUGCCUUCAGGAAGCUCACUGGAAAAAAACGGGUUUGAAAAGAAUCGUUAUUCGUCAGUCACAUCAUUUUAGCCGAGAUACACAGUGGUUGCUAUAGCGAUUCCCGCCUUCUUCGGUUUGCUAUGUUUACUUUCUGAUUAAUUUUUUUAUUAUCUUUAACGUUGUUGCCAUGGUAAUUUCUAGAUUCUUUUUUGUUGGUUCUCUGCCACUAUUUCUUGCCCGGUUGCCAUAGCAACGUACACUUUUUUUUUCUUUUUUUUUUUUUACACACACCUAAAAAAAAAAAAACGUAUGCCAGAUUGUGAUUGGCUGUUUUCAACCGUCGUUAUUUAUUUUAGUGCAGAAUGCUGAAUGGCUAUGGUUACUGUCCUUUGUGGUGAAAUUCUUGGAGCUUUUGUUUGUCAUCAGAAUUUUGACCGUUUUUUGUUUUUUAUAGUUGCUCUUGUGACUUGGUUUUCCUUUUAUUUUUUUGUCCUAGUUGCCAUGGUAAUUAUCAGAUUUUUCCUGUUUUGGAUCUGGUGUAACGGGGGAAAUAAUACACGUUUAAAGGAUUCUUAAAUAACAUAGUGUUUCCCUCAUUUUAAUGGUUGCUGUGGUGAUUUUAAUGACCACCAUUUUUUUUCCCUUUGUCCGGUUGCCAUAGCAACAUUUACGAGGCACUUUUUUAAGGCACAUCUCAAAUGGUAUCCCAGACUGUGAUUGGCUGAUUUCAACCGUCUUUAUUUUAUUUUAUUGUUACUGCCAUGUUAAAUUCCUCCUGCCUCUCUCUACUCACUACCGUGAUUCCCGCCUUUUCUCUGGUCACCAUGGUGAUUCCCACCUUUUCUCUGGUCACCAUGGUGAUUCCCGCCUUUUAUCUGGUCAAGCACUUUUCAGAAGCGAGAAACAUACACUUUAAAAAAGGCCAUAAAUAUUUGCUGUGUAAAAACUAUAGGUAGUAUAGACUUUUUUUCCUCAACUGUGAAUGUGUGAAUUAUUUACUGUAAAGAUUUGUAACGGAUGUUGAUGUUUAGUGUAUUAGCAAGCACAAAUAUUUGGAGGAAAUUUAGCUAAUUUGGCCACAACAGGAUGUAAAAUUAUCCUGAAGUGCCCAGUUUGUGGAAACUGGUAAGACAGACACUGGACAAAAGAAAAUAAAAUGCUUCUUUUCUGA